CAUGGCUCUGAAGACUCACUCCUCGGAAUGUCCUCUUGCUCCGGGCUUAUAAACAACUGUCCUCAGGAAAGAGAGGCUUUACAUAUCCAAAUACAGCCUGACAAAUGGCACUUUGGGACUGUGCUUUCUGAUGACAACACACUCGGUUUCUGACAAAGCCUCUCGCACGCUGCCCUGGAGGGAAGUCCUAAGUAAAACUCAAAUCCGCCUUAAGUGAGGAUCGGAGGGCUUGCACCGUGAGCACCGCCGGCAUGGCAUCUGCGGGGCACCUUAUCACCUUGCUUCUGUGGGGCUACUUGCUGGAGCUUUGGAUACGAGGGCACACAGCUGAUACCACACACCCCCGGUUACGCCUGUCACAUAAAGAACUCUUGGAUUUAAACAGAACAUCAAUCUUCCAUAGCCCUUUUGGGGUUCUUGAUCUCCAUACAAUGCUGUUGGAUGAAUAUCAAGAGCGACUCUUCGUGGGGGGUAGGGACCUUGUGUAUUCCCUCAGCUUGGAACGAAUCAGUGAUGGCUACAGAGAGAUACAUUGGCCUAGUACAGCACUAAAAACAGAAGAAUGCAUAAUGAAAGGAAAAGAUGCAAGUGAAUGUGUAAAUUACGUUCGUGUUUUGCAUCACUAUAAUAAGACACACCUUCUGACCUGUGGUACUGGAGCUUUUGACCCACUUUGUGCCUUCAUCAGAGUUGGAUAUCAUUUGGACGAUCCUCUGUUUCACCUGGAAUCACAUAGAUCUGAGAGAGGAAGGGGCAAAUGUCCUUUUGACCCCAACUCCUCCUUCAUCUCCACUUUAAUUGGAAGUGAAUUGUUUGCUGGACUCUACAGCGACUACUGGGGCAGAGACGCUGCGAUCUUCCGGAGCCUGGGACGGAUGGCCCACAUUCGCACGGAGCAUGAUGAUGAACGCCUGUUGAAAGAACCAAAAUUUGUAGGUUUAUAUAUGAUUCCUGACAAUGAAGACCGAGAUGACAACAAAGUGUAUUUCUUUUUUACUGAGAAGGCCCUGGAGGCAGAAGACAAUGCCCAUGCAAUUUACACCCGAGUGGGGCGACUUUGUGUGAAUGAUGUGGGAGGGCAGAGAAUACUGGUGAAUAAGUGGAGUACUUUCCUGAAAGCAAGACUGGUUUGCUCAGUACCAGGAAUGAAUGGAAUUGAUACGUACUUUGAUGAAUUAGAGGAUGUUUUUUUGCUCCAUACCAGAGAUCAUAAGAACCCAGUGAUAUUUGGACUCUUUAAUACCACCAGUAAUAUAUUUAGAGGGCAUGCUAUAUGUGUCUAUCAUAUGUCUAGCAUCCGGGCAGCCUUUAAUGGACCGUAUGCUCAUAAGGAAGGACCUGAAUACCACUGGUCACUCUAUGAAGGAAAAGUCCCUUACCCAAGACCUGGUUCUUGUGCUAGCAAAGUGAACGGAGGGAGGUAUGGAACUACCAAAGACUAUCCCGAUGAUGCCAUCCGAUUUGCAAGAAGCCAUCCACUAAUGUACCAGCCCAUAAAACCUGCCCAUAAAAAACCAAUUCUAGUAAAAACAGAUGGAAAAUACAACCUGAAACAAAUAGCAGUGGAUCGAGUGGAAGCUGAGGAUGGCCAAUACGAUGUCUUGUUUAUUGGGACAGAUAAUGGAAUUGUGCUCAAAGUAAUCACAAUUUACAACCAAGAAACAGAUUCAAUGGAAGAAGUAAUCCUAGAAGAACUUCAGAUAUUCAAGGAUCUGGUUCCUAUUAUUUCUAUGGAGAUUUCUUCAAAAAGACAACAGCUGUAUGUUGGCUCUGAUUCUGCCGUGGCCCAAGUCCGAUUCCAUCAGUGUGACAUGUACGGAAGUGCCUGCGCGGACUGCUGCCUGGCUCGGGACCCUUACUGUGCCUGGGACGGCAUCUCCUGCUCCCGGUACUACCCAACAGGUACACAUGCAAAAAGGAGAUUCCGCAGACAGGAUGUUCGGCAUGGAAAUGCAGCUCAGCAAUGCUUUGGACAACAGUUUGUUGGGGAUGCUUUGGAUAAGACUGAAGAGCGACUGGCCUAUGGCAUAGAGAACAACAGUACUUUGCUGGAAUGUACCCCACGAUCUUUACAAGCAAAAGUUAUCUGGUUUGUACAGAAAGGACAGGAAAUAAGAAAAGAGGAGGUGAAUACAGAUGACAGAGUGGUUAAGAUGGACCUUGGUUUACUUUUCCUAAGCGUUCGCAAAACGGAUGCCGGGACCUAUUUUUGCCAGACAGUCGAGCAUGGUUUUGUCCAUACUGUCCGUAAAAUCACCUUGGAGGUGGUGGAAGAGGAGAGAGUAGAGGAAAUGUUUAACAGAGACUUCGAGGAGGAUGCGCCUCGCAAGAUGCCUUGUCCUGCCCAGAGCAGCAGCCCGCAAGGGGUCAAGCCGUGGUACAAGGAAUUCUUGCAGCUGAUCGGUUAUAGCAACUUCCAGAGGGUGGAAGAGUACUGUGAAAAGGUUUGGUGCACAGAGAAGAAGCGGAGGAAGCUGAAAAUGUCGCCCUCCAAGUGGAAGUACGCCAACCCGCAGGAAAAGAAGCUCCGUUCCAAAUCUGAGCACUAUCGGCUGCCCAGGCACACGCUGGACUCCUGAGAGGAUGAAACCAUCUAUUGGCUUUGAAGAGUUUAUAUUUGGAACCUAAAAAAUAUAAGAAAUCAUCCAACUUUUUGAAUUCCUUAAAAUAGAUUUCUGUAGUACAGGAAUGGCUUUAAAGGUGUUAUAAAUUAUUCCACAUACUUAUUUGACUGGCAAAACAUCACAUAAAAUAACUAAUUUCUUUGGUGUGUAUUGCUUAAAUGGUUUCACAAUAUAUUUAUCAAAGAUGACUCUAGCUGUAGUUUUGAGUACAUUGGCUGCCUUUCCAAGGUCAUUAUUAUUUUACCCUAGGAAGACUUCAGACUACUGGAAUAUUGAAGAAAAUUUAGAGAAAUUUGUAAUCACAGAAAAUAUAAACAUAGACUUUAAUUUUUCUGAAUUUUUCCUGUCCUCUAUGUUGUAAAAUAGGCAAAACAUCAGUUAUAUGAACGUUCUCAUGUGAACUGUCUGUAUUUUUUAAUGAUCAUUGCGUUAGUGUUGUCUAAGUUAUGAGUUUUACGAAGCAGGUGUAUUGUGAUUGUUGUAAACCAUGAAAGGACAAUUGUGGUCACUCUGAGGCUGUGCCCUUCAUAAAACAUUCACUAAACCACAUUGAUAAUAUUUUUAUUUCACAGAUGAAAAUAUGCUAUUUAAGUUUCACUCCAAUGUGGAAAGAAUGAAGCUAAGGUAAUUUUUCAGUAAGAUAUCAAAGAAUGUCAAGACAAUGGAAUUCUAGUUGAACCACUUUAUUGAAAAGAUUUUUUUGCUGCCCUCUUGUGGUAGAAACGGUAUUCUCAUACGUAUUUUUUAACUGCAGGUAUCUAAUACAGAGUUGAAAGCAGUUUUUCAAUAAAUACAUCUAGACCAUUUUCAGAAACUAACUGGAAUAAGAAAUCUGUUGAUGUGUAUAUGUAUUCUUUUAAUAAGGAGAUAAUAAUUUUAUGGAUAAUUUAUUAUCUCACAACUCAAAAAUGAAGAAAUAUUGCAUCACUGAAGCUCUAUUAAAACUUAAACUUUAAGCCUUCUAAAUAAUCCUUCCUGAAAUCUAAAAGAUAUUACAGAAACACGUAUUUCAUUUGUGCAAAAAUAUUUAACAAUUUUCUGUCACAAAUCAAAUUCUUUUCUUUCCUUUAUAUUAACAAAUAGGAAAUUAGUUUCAUGAAUUCAGUUAACUACAAAG